UUUGAAAAAUAAAACGGAGGUAUUUUCCUUAACAUUGAAGCAUUGCCAACGUGAAAAUCUCCAACUCGCCGAGGCGAUGCGUACGCAGAGCAGGACAACGACAUAAUCGAUUCUAAAUCAUGGGCGGUGGUAGGCAAUCCUCCGAUCAUCUUCCGGCAGAACUGGCGGAUGACGGCGUGACUUCCUCACAAUCUUCCUCUGACCGUCAUCCCGAUGACUCACCACUCUCAUACUCGCCCGAGAUCACAGUGGCCGCUACUGACUCCGCCACUGAAGAGGAGGUCUGUUACAACCCACCGCGACGCAAGACUUACAAUGAACUCUUGGAGUCUUACAGCAAUCCCCCGGCGCGCAAAGCGACCCUCAGAGAAACCAAAGAUCUCAUCUUGAGGCAUAAACCUGGAGAUUGGAUUGAAGAAGUGGGCGGCACCACGGUCGGCGACUACGAGGUCUCGGACUGCACGACGCUUCUCCUGAUUGGGCCUAGGGGUUCUGGUAAGAGUACUCUUAUCAAUAGGAUCACCAUGGUGUUUGAAGACGACCAAUCGACUCCUCAUAGGGCGCAAGUUUCACAUAAUUUGUCAGCAACAUUAGGAACUUGCUUCCUGCAAGAAUACAUGAUUCCGAGGAAAUCGAAGUCACUUUGCAUUUAUGAUACUCGGAGUUUGUCCAGUAAACCAUCAGAUAAUGUUGAAUUGCUCCAAUGUUGGAUGACCCGUGGUGUUAGUCAUGGAGAGAUGGUGAUCAGGCAAUCAGAUGAUAUCAUGACAAGGAAUACAAUAAAGUCAAUGGUCCGACAAGGUGUGUUCAGCCCUUGCAAAAAGAGGGUAGUAAACUUUGUCAUAUUGGUCGUUAAUGGAGUCUCUAUUUUGGAAUCGAUUCAUGCAAAAGACAAUGGUUAUGUUGAUAUACUAUUGGAGACCUUCAAAUAUCCAUUCUUGUCGUUUAAAGAUAACAAACCAGCUUUGGUGAUCACCCAUGGUGAUGAAUUGUCAAUAUCACAGCGUGCUUGUGUACGUAUGUACCUAGGAGAGCUCUUGGGAAUUCCUCCUGUACAGCAAAUUUUUGACAUUGCAGACAUGAAGGAUGAAGAUACUGAGUUGGCCAUAGUGGACAUGUUGCGUUACUGCAUUGAACAUGCUGAUAGGAACCUUCCUUUCAAUCAGAACUACUUAUUGCAGGGGCAGAGAAUCUGCCACAGCAUGAUGGAGAUGUUGCAGGGUUAUGAUACAAUACUAGAAGUCGUCGUCAUCACUUUGUGCAUCAUCCUGCUACUUUUGCGUGGAAUUGUGAAUCUCAUCUAGUGACACAGCCCUUGUUGUCAUUGUUUAUAAAUCUUGUACAUAGUUACUUUCUUAUUGGAACAUAAACAAGUUUGUUCUUAGAAUUGAAGUUUCGAUACAUUCUAGAACUGAUUCUCCAUUGGAGAACCUAUGUGAAUGUUCUACGUAGCUUCCCUUUCAUAAAAUAAGUUGUACUUUUUUUUCAAACAUAAGCCAUUCUAUACAUCUAACUUGUAAUUU